CGCGGCUGCCGAUCCGCUCCCGAUCCCCUGCCCUCCUCCUUCCAGCCGACUGAGAUUCCACCAAAUCGGCGCCCGUGCAGUCCCCGAUUCGAUUGGCAAGCACGAUUGGCCGCUCCUGAUCAGCUACGGGACAGGGCUGGAUUUGAUUUGAUCGGAUCCCCAAUUGGGUGUCCGGGUCCGCGCGUUCGGGCGGGCGGGCGUGCGGGCGGGGGGAUUGCUUUAGGGUUUCAGCGGGUGCGGUCGCUGUGUAGGCGGGUAGGGUUUUGCCAUGGCGGAGAAAGGCUGCCUGAAGCGGCUCCAGAAGGAGUACCAUGCGCUCUGUAAGGAACCGCCGCCGCAGGUCGUGGCUCGCCCACUGCCCAACGACAUAUUGGAGUGGCACUAUGUACUUGAAGGAAGUAAAGGCACACCCUUUGAAGGUGGAUAUUACUAUGGGAAACUCAAAUUUCCACCGGAUUAUCCUUUUAAGCCUCCAAGUAUCAGCAUGACAACCCCGAGCGGCAGAUUUGCGCCACACAAAAGAAUAUGCUUGUCAAUGAGUGACUUUCAUCCUGAAUCUUGGAAUCCGAUGUGGUCUGUUGCAAGCAUUCUCACUGGGCUUCUGUCCUUCAUGAUGGACGAUGCACUGACAACUGGAAGCAUCAAGACAUCAGAUGCAGAAAAGAGGCGUUUAGCAAAAGCUUCCCUUGUCUACAAUUGUGAGAGCAAAAACUGUCCGCACUUCAGGAAACUUUUCCCAGAGUAUGUUGAGAAGUACAAUCAACAGCUACAAUUGGAGAACACUGCUGCAGAGCCGGUGCCUCAGGAGAAUCCUGCACCUGCUCCAUCCCCUGCUGUCCAGCAAGCCCCGACCGUGGCCAAUAGGGCACAACCACUGGCGGAGGCGCGCCGUGACAAGAACCAGAAGAAGGCGGUGCCCUUCUGGAUGGUGCUGGUCAUGUUUUCAGUUUUCGGGGCCGUGAUGGCGUUGCCCCUAAUGCAACUUUGACAAUAAUAAAGACAAUAAGAACGUGUGAUGCCAGGGCCGUAAUUUUGUAUAGUUUUCCAUUGGUUUGUCUGAGUGACUCAGUUGGUCCCCUAGACUACCUACCACCUCGGAGUCGUAUUGAUGAACCUGUGAUGGUAUAUCUGAAGAACUUUUGUUCUC